CGAUAACUAAAAUUUGCUCUCCUCCUAGCUCAUGCCCUGCAGGCACCUGCGAUGGAUGCACUUUCUACUUUGUAUGGGAAAGUGCAGAAGCUUGCCCUCUCUGCACAGAGCAAGACUACCAUGAGAUUGAGGGAGCCUGCAAAAAAGGAUUUCAGGAAACCUUGUACGUAUGGAAUGAGCCAAAGCAUUGCAUUAAAGGGGUUUCCUUACCAGAAAAAAGGACCAGCACUUGUGAAACAGUGGAUUUUUGGCUAAAAGUUGGAGCUGGUGUUGGUGCUUUCACAGCCGUUCUGCUCAUAGCCUUGACCUGCUAUUUUUGGAAGAAGAACCAGAAGCUGGAGUAUAAAUAUUCCAAAUUAGUGAUGACAGCAAACUCAAAAGAGUGUGAGCUGCCAGCUGCUGACAGUUGUGCUAUAAUGGAAGGAGAAGAUAAUGAAGAAGAAAUAGUAUAUUCAAAUAAGCAGUCCCUGCUGGGGAAGCUCAAAUCCUUGGCAACGAAGGAAAAGGAAGAUCAUUUUGAAUCUGUUCAGCUGAAAUCUUCACGAUCCCAGAAUAUAUGAAGAAUUAAUGCUGCCUUCAAAGAAACAAACCUAAUUUCUAUUUUUACAGGACCGUGUUUUAAACAUAUUCUGGCACACAUUGUAGUGGUGAUCUUGGUGAGAAAUGCUUGGCCAUGUAGGAAGAAAAAAACCAGGAAGCAAAUCAGAAAAUUGGAUUGCCUUACUAUGUGAUUGAGUACCUUGCCAAAAAAAGAAAGCAGAUGCUUGGAUUCCAUAGUGGGAAAGAAAUUCAACUCAGGAAGAGAUAUACAUACUGCAAAUAACAUGAAUUCUUUGCAUUCACCUGGGCAUUGCUCAGGCAUACCAUAUGAUUUAUAGGUACCUUUCAUUUCCUUUCAGUCCUUCUACGCAUAUUCAUAAGAAAUGAUUUUCAGAGAGACCUGAAACCUCCUGCAAAGGUUGUGUAUUGUCCUUUAGUAACAUAACUAUGGGUCUCUUUUAAAAUCAAAAUUGUGAAUGGUACUUGGAAUGAGCCUCAGGUGAGUUUUGAUCUUUGGAAAAUACUUUUGAUUUUACUUCUUUGUAGGGCUGGAUGGUCUGUGUUGGCCUCUAAUACAAGAAGCAAGGUGUUGCACCUGGAAGUUGAGCCCAUUCUGAUGCCUAAGUCCUGGCAUCAGGAUUGGGGUAAAACCUGGUGCUAUAAAUCUAAAUGUGUUAACUGCUGUUGUAUGAAUUGUAGGUCUGGG